AUGACCAGGAAGGACGACAACCCAAACAAUUGGUCUCCGGAUUCCAUUAAAGCCUUUGAGUCUCUCAAGUUUGCCUUUGUUUCAGCUCCUGUUAUGGCACAUCUAGAUCCUACAUUACCCUUUAUACUUGAGGUUGAUGCGUCUGAGACUGGAAUCAGCUAUGGAGCACCACAUACUGCACUGACCAACAGACGACUCUACCCAUCCUUCUUCCAUACCCUGCCCAGUGAUCACAUUCAGUUCCUGGCAGUUGUUAAGCUACUCAAACACUUUGGCUGGACAUGGAUUGGUGUCAUUGCGUCCGAUGAUGAUUAUGGAGAUAGUCAGUCUCAGGAGUUGAUAUUGAGUGCUGCCAGCCAUGAUAUCUGCAUUGAGUUUAUUAUUAAAAUACCAACUCAUCUAGAUGACAGAAAUGUUAUUUAUAAGAAAAAAGAGAUUCUAAAUAAUUCAUCCUCUCAAGUUAUUGUACUUUGUGGGAAAUCUUCAUAUUUCAUUAAGUACUUUAUAGAAGUGGAAUGCAAAGCCCAGAGUAAGACAUUUAUUGUUCCAGCAACAUGGACUUUGCACAGGUUUUUUCAACCCCAUAAAACACCAUACCAUGGAAGCCUAUUAUUUAAACCACCUAAAAAAAGUAUACCACGUUUAAAGGAACACUUGAAAAAUGUUACCUCUGCCGAUUGUACUAAAGACUUUUUACUAGAACAAAUUUUAACAGACUACUACCAUUGCUUAACAUCAAAUUCAUAUUUCAAUAGACGAUAUGAAAAAACAUAUAAAGUUAAACUUCAUAAAUGCAAUGCUAUUCCUGACUUCGAGAAAUACAUUUUAGAUUUUGGAACCACAUAUCAUGUGUAUAAAGCUGUCUAUGCCUUGGCACAGUCUUUGCACAAUAUAGAUUUCUAUUUGUCCAGAAAUGCCAGAGGCACCUUCAUGAAAAAUCAGAAGCUUAUGAAAGAGCUCCUCGGUGAAAGGGGCUGUAGGCUGGCCCCACAUGGCUGGAAUGAGAGCCUUGGCAGCGUUCAGAAGAUGAGGAGAAUAACAGGUGUCCAGCAACAGAACCCAAUGGGAUCUCCAUGUUCAGUAGCUGGCAGUGAUGCAUUAAAUGCCUCUAAAGUUCAAAAUUAUGGACAACUGCCGCUCCAAGAACAGUUUUUAAGAAGAGUACAUUUACAAGAUCCCACUGGAGAAGAAGUAUAUUUUAAUGAGAGAGGAGAUAUGUGCACAGUGUAUCAUGUUAACAGUUUUGGAAUACAUUUUGAUUCUACACUUGUAUUUGUACAUAUUGGAAGCUACAAUACAUCGUCUCCUGAUGGAGAGGAACUUGUGUUCGAUGAAUUACCACCAACAUGGAAACAUGGUGAGAUUCCAGUGUCUAUGUGCUCUGACGACUGUCCUCUGGGUUUCAGAAGAGUGAUGAAAAGGGGGAUACAUCGCUGUUGCUUUGAGUGUAUUCAGUGUCCAGAGGGGGAGAUAUCUAAUGACACAGAUAAAGCUUCAUGUCAAAAGUGUUCAGAGGAGGAGUGGCCAAAUGAUAACAAUCAGUGUGUACCAAAACUUGUUGAAUUUCUGUCUUAUGGAAAUGACCCGGCUCCCCUCACAGUCUCAGUUAUUUCUGUUUUCUUGUUUAUUAAAACAUCCGCUAUUUUUUGUGUCUUUAUUGUAUUUCGAGAGACUCCAGUGGUCAGAGCUAAUAAUAAAAACUUGAGCUUCAUUCUCCUGGUCUCCAUCAUGUUGAGCUUCCUCUGUGUGUUUUUGUUUUUGGGUCGGCCUGGACCUAUCAGCUGCAUGUUUCGUCAGACAUCCUUUGGAAUCAUCUUUUCAGUGGCCGUAUCUUCCAUUCUCGCCAAAACUAUUAUGGUCUACAUGGCCUUCAAGGCCACCAAACCUGGAAGUUUCUGGAGAAAAUAUAUUGGAGUUAAAUUACCCAACUGUUUGGUUUUUCUUUGUUCAUUUAUCCAGGUUUUAAUCAGCAUCAUUUGGUUAUUGACUGCCUGUCCAUAUCCAGAAACUAACACUGACCUAUAUGCUGAUAAAAUCAUUAUUCAAUGUAAUGAAGGAUCUAUGUUGGCAUUUUCAAUUCUCCUGGGUUACAUGGGACUUCUAGCAGCUGUGAGUUUUUUUGUGGCUUUUCUGGCCAGAAAUUUACCAGAUAAUUACAAUGAGGCCAAAUACAUCACCUUCAGCAUGCUGGUGUUCUGCAGUGUCUGGAUCGCUUUUAUCCCAGCCUAUAUGAGUGUUACAGGGAAGAACACUGUGCUUGUAGAGAUAUUUGCUAUAAUAGCUUCUAGUUUGGGAAUUGUGGGUUGCAUAUUUAUUCCCAAAUGUUAUAUUAUUCUGGUGAGACCAGAUUUAAAUUCAAAAGGUAAAUUAGUAAAACAAACCAAAACCUAACAAUAAAUAUUCUUAUUGAAUUUUUGUUUGCAAUUACAUUGAAUUUGAAUGGAAAUCCACUUCAUCAUUCUCAUUAUGCAUAGAAUAUGUGAGCAGCGUUUUCAGGAUUGA